AGUGGCUUUAGCACCCAAGCAAGUACCGUACAUUACAGUUUCAGAAUUCAAUCAAUCUUGAAGUGGUGUGUUAUAGAUUGAAAUGAUCUUUUUCGGGGAAUCCCGGUUUUUGUGCAGUAACGCUAAUAUUUUGACAUAUUGGAAAUAAGAAGGCAACGCCAGAAGUCAUAUUCGUUGAAUUAGCGGAGACUGAGGCAUUUGUUACAUUCCUGUUUACUAAAUUUUGUAUUAUUAUUUUAUGCAGCCAUGGCAAGAAGACCUGUACCUGAAUACGGUGAAGACUUCAGCUUUGUCAGUCCCGUGGUCAAAUAUCUGCUCUUUAUCUUUAACAUGCUCUUCUGGGUGAUUUCAAUGGUCAUGAUUUCAAUUGGAGUUUACGCCAGAGUAAUGAAGCAUGCAGAAGCUGCUAUGGCAUGUCUAGCUGUAGACCCUGCAGUCAUGUUAAUGGUCAUUGGAGUAUUAAUGUUUCUAAUAACUUUCUGUGGGUGUAUUGGCUCUGUACGAGAAAAUAUCUGCCUCUUACAAACGUUUUCCAUCUGUUUGACCAUAAUCUUUCUGCUGCAGCUGGCAGCUGGAGUCCUGGGAUUUGUCUUCUCUGAUAAGGCGCGGGGGAAAGUGAGUGAGAUUAUCAACAAUGCCAUCAUUCAUUACAGGGAUGACCUUGAUCUCCAAAACCUAAUUGAUUACGGACAGCAAGAGUUCAGCUGCUGCGGUGGGAUAUCGUACAAGGACUGGUCUCAGAACAUGUACUUCAACUGCACUCCUGACAAUCCCAGCAGGGAGCGCUGCUCUGUCCCGUACUCCUGCUGUCUCCACCCGGAAGAUGAGGCUGUGAUCAAUACAAUGUGUGGCCAGGGAAUGCAGGACCUGGAUUACUUGAAGGCAGGAGUGUUCAUCAACACCAACGGCUGCAUCGACAAGCUGGUGAACUGGAUCCAUGGGAAUCUCUUCCUACUGGGAGGGAUAGCGCUGGGCCUCGCCAUUCCACAGUUGGUUGGGAUCCUUCUCUCCCAAAUACUGAUCAACCAGAUAAAAGACCAGAUAGAGUUGCAACGGUACAACCUGCAGCACCGAUCGGAUCCCUGGAGCUGACGUGGCGAGCGCUGCUUGAGAACACUGUGAGCACUGUCAGGGGGGUGCUGUUGGAGACUGCUGUACUUUUUGUUAAGAUUAACUUUUCAGUACAGAGGUUUGUUCAUUCGGCUAUGCCUAGAAAUUAAAAUUCAGUGUUGAAGGCUCGGAGUCACAAAGGCUAUGAAGGCUGUGCAGGGUGGGGACAAAGUCCCUGUUCAAAGCCACUAUUCUGCUAUUGGUAGGUGUCGAUGCACUUGCACCUGUGGUUGGUGGCAGUAGUUGAUAUUUCACAUGGAACAAUAUCUCCCACCCUAGUACACAAAAAGACUAUUUCAAUAAGCUUGGCAACAUACAGUUUGUCAGACACUUUUCUCAACUCUUCAAUUUGAAAUGUAAAUUAAAAAGUAAAAAUGUUCUUAUGGUGUUUUACAUUUACCUCACCCUGUACUAUAUAUACAUGUAUUUGGCUUAUAUGUAUACCUAUACAUACACAGUAAGUGUAUGUAUGUAGUAUAUUAAUUUGAGGCAUGCUGGUGAUCAGAGAUCUGAAUAUCAAACGUGUGCUGACCCUCUAUUCACUGUAGAUCAAUGACACAAGAGAGGAGUUGUUCUUGAUGUCUGGAUUUGUUUACCUACUUGUGUUCCGUGUGACAUCGAUAUUAGAAUAGUGGUUGUUUGUGAACCCUAGGUCCAUUAAAUAUCAGCACUCCCAAAAGGGUUACAUAGCACUGUAUGAUACUGAAUAUUUUAAUACUUAGUCUAUUCAUAAAAACAUUGAAAAACCUGAUAUUUUAAAAGAGGAACCAUCUGUUACACUGAUGUUUAUUUAAAAGACCCAGUUUAAAAAAAUAAAUAAUGCAGCUCAUUAUGGAUAAGUUGUUUUCUUUUUUACUUUCCUUACUCAGCUGGAAAAAAUGGGAACAUACUUAUUUAUGUAAUGUGGAUACAAAUUGAAAAUGACAAUCAAAUAACAUUGUAAUGGGCAAGAAAGAAAAGGGAAGGGUCUGUAAGCACUAGACCAGUGCAUUGUAUUAUUCUGUGACACUUUACAGUACGUGCCUCUUCAAGGUUAUAAUCUUUAGUGCUUUUAUAUGAACUAAUUGGUAGGCCUGGGGUCCAUUUUAUGUCAAAGAAAAUAAAUUGCUAAUGGUACUAAACUAGUACAGUAACAAGUAACCCAAAGUGUUAAUUUAAGGACUAAAAACUGUGCCUGCUACUUGAGUAGUAAUUUUGUAACAUUGACAGAUUUUUCUUUCAUAAAAAAAUAAAUAAUGCAAAUUGUACUUUAGUUUGCUCCUUCCUACACAGUCUGGGCACAAAAUGAAGAGGCACUUGCUACAAUAUUUCUGAUUUUCUAUAGAACAAGUACUCCUUUAAGUGCCUAAAAUGCAUAUGGUGAGAUUAUAAGGAUUUUAUUUAGAUUUUAAAAUACUAUGAAAUCCUAAUAGAUUUAAAAUGAUAAUUCAGUUAUUAAUUUAAGGUGUCUUUUAUGUCGUUGAUGUACAUCUGUCUUUUAUCUGUACAAGGCUAUUAAAUAUAUGUGCUUUGCAACAGUAUUGUAAAAUCUUACUGUUUUUUUGCUUGAAUUCUGUUAUAUUGGUUAUCAGGUGUUGUAGAAGGUGUUAAUUUGAUUAUUUUUGUAAUUCUGUCUGUAUCUGGUAUUAAAGUGGAAUUAUUAAAGGGGAAAAUCGAUCACUGUAUAUAAAAAAGAUCCUGUUUGUAUCUAUGAAAUAUAUGGCUUAAUGAACAUAAUAUUGUCUGCAUCUGAAACCUGUAGAUUAGGUUGUUCACCAAAACAUGUGUCAGUGCAGUGGUAUAAACUAAGUGCCCUCCUACAGUAGCAGAGUGUGUCGGUAAAUGUUUUUUUUUUUUAAAGUCACUUUUAUCUGGCAGUUUUAUAUAGUAUAUCGGACCAAACCAGAAAAAAUAUAACCGUCUAUGUUUUAAAGGACUGUGAAAAAGGGUCUGUCCACAAUUUACAAGUUAUGAAAGUUCUUGUUUCAUUCACUUGAAGCAGAGUUAGAAACUCACACAGCUCUGCUUCCCACAAUGACAUUAAAUGAUAAGGACUUUGGGCAAUCAGGAAAAUGUUAAAUAAACUGUUCCUCCCCUUUAAUUCCUUUAAAAUAGUAAAGACUAUUUCAUAGUAAAGCCUCAGGUGGGGCGUUAUUCAUGCUGUGAUGUGUGAUCGGUUCUGACUAGAUAGCGGAUUGCUCAAAUUCCUGGUACCUGGUCAUUUCAGUAAUAACUAAACAAUGGGGCAUUUUGAAACGGUUCUAGUGUGAGUUUUUAAGCCUGCUUGAAGGGUAGUUGGCAGCAGUUUGGUCUUCCACAUUUACAACGGACAAAAAAUAUAAAAAACUUGGUAUCAUUUAAAGUGGUUGUCUUUCCAUUAUGUGAUUUAACACAAUGUUUUUCAUUGUAAAUGAUUGUUGAGAUUUUUUAUUUUAUUUAAUGUGUCGUCUGUUUUUUAAACAAUGGCUUACUCUUCUUUUACAUAGUUUUUAAAGUAUUUUUGUGGUAGGUGCUUCAAAACCUAUUGGUUUAAAUGUGUAGGGCAUAACUCAUACCAAUAAAGUAUUUCAAAAUAA